UGGGUUUAAUUUUACUUACAAUCGCAAUCAUCUACAUCUCUACGUUUGGAUUUCUUUCCUAUCCCGUUUCUACUGAUGACGUUUCAAUAGAAGUUAAUGAAACUUACAUAACUGAACCAAUAUUCGGUACCAUGAAUUAUAGUGAAUAUAUUCCCGGACAUUUACCUUUAAUUAUUUCGAUUCCACAUGGUGGUCGUUUGUUCCCUCCUGAAAUACCUGAUAGAAAAAAAAAACUUCCAGGUGCUGUAAAAUCCAAUGAUCUUAAUACUCAAGUGAUCGGUAGAGAACUUGCAGAAAAUAUAAUGAUACAUUUCGAAGGAAGGCGACCUUAUGUGAUCAUUAACCAUCUUGGGAGAAGUAAAAUUGAUGUUAAUAGACCAAUAAAAGAAGGCGUCGAAGGAAAAGAAGAUUCAUUAGCAUUGAUUGCUUGGAAUGAUUAUCAUAAUUUUAUGCAGACCGCUAUUAAAGAUAUUGAAGCAAAUUUUGGUCGUGGACUUUUAAUCGAUAUUCAUGGUCAUACUCACCCAGAACAUUUUGUUGAGAUUGGUUAUGUACUUUCAUCUGAAAUUCUUUCACUUCCUACCUCACAAAUCAAUGCGAACCCUGAGAUUCAUUCAGGAUCAAGUAUUCGUUCUCUAUAUAAUAGAAAACAAUCGAAUAACCUCCAAUUUGCAGACUUACUUUACGGUAAAACUACUUCUCUUGGUGGUCGUUUACAAUCCCAUGGCUAUGAUACAGUUCCAUCACAUAUACAUAAACACCCAAAUGACAAUGAAAAAUAUUUUCAUGGUGGUUAUUGU